AUGAGUGUCCCCCUUAUUAAAAUAUUGCUGCCGAUUUUACCGGUGAAUAUGAAGAAAGCUUUUAUUAAAGGAUAUAUACGUUCAUUAGAGGAGAACUGUUUAACAAUAUUUAUUACGACUUUCUCGGAGGAUAAAGACAUUUUAAAAAUAAAAGACUUAAAUGAUGAUAUUAUUCAUGGAUAUUAUGGCAGUAUUUCAUCUAAAAGAAAAUUUGACAAUUUCAGUAGCAUUAUUAUUGAUCAAAAUGGUUAUCCAUAUAGUAUAAUAAUUAAUGGUUUAGAGAGAAUACAAACUGUUAACAGCAUUAUAAUUCUAUAUGAUUUUAAAAAAGUACAGAAUUCUGUGACUAUUAAUGCAAAUAAUGGAUGUUUUUCUAUAUUGCAAGAUUUAAUCCAUAAAGGUAAUAAAGGUACUUGUGAUAUAAACAAGCAUGACCCAGUAUUACAAAGUCCUAGUUUGCUGGCAUCUACUAUGUUUGGCCAACAUAUUUAUAAUUAUGUUCAAUUAUUAAAAUGGCUUUUAUAUACAAUAAAAAAUAAGGAACAGGUAUCAAUAAAGCAAGGGAAUUUAGUUUUGGCUAUUUUUGUAGAUGUAAUACUUGGAUAUAUAUUUUUGCAACUGUUUUUAUUGGGCAAAAAUGAUGUUGGUGUAGUAUUGAUGAGUAUAUUAGAGAAACUAGUUAACUUGAUGUACUCAUUACUCAAAUGGCUUAUGGGUGCACCAGCUGGGCUUAAAUUAAAUAACGCUUUUAAUAAUAUGUUAGGAAAAUAUUUUUUAUAUCAUGUCGAAUUGUGGUGGCUCUUUCUUGACAUAACAGGGGAAAAGUUGGACAUAAUUUUGAAGUUUUAUCAAUACUUGGGCUAUUUAGGGUUAACUUUUCAAGCUGCUAUUAUAUCUGAUUUGAUUUGUAUUGCUACAUUUCAUUCUUACUGCAUAUAUGUGUACGCAGCACGAUUAUUUAAUAUACAAAUAUCAGGACUGAAGGCGUUGUUCAGACUAUUUGUAGGAAGAAAAUAUAAUCCACUUAGAGGUGGCAUAGAUUCCUGUGAAUAUACAAAUCAAGAAUUAUUUGUAGGAACAGUAGCAUUCACAAUAUUGCUUUUACUAUUACCAACAACUGUUAUGUAUUAUAUUGUAUUCACUAUGUUCAGAGUGUUAUCUCUGCUGGUGCAGUACAUCUUAACUAAAGUAAUAUAUGUUAUACAAACCCUUCCACUCUAUGUAGCUGUGCUGUGGUUGUCACAAUCUCCCAAAAUAGCAGGAAACAUCUUAAUAGAAGAAGUAGACAGCAAUGCAUCAACACUCAUUCUCGAAAUGAAGUUAUUCAAUAAAUCCUUUCACGAUCUCAUGAAGAGCCAUAAGCCGCCAGUCAAAGUGCCCAAACUUGUGAAAUGGAGUGAAGUUGUGUCAAAUGUUAUAACAGGGAAUCAAAUAAUA